UAAUAUAAUAUAAUAUAUUGCGUUGUGAAGAACUGUAUGAUCCUGUAUUGCUGCAUCACUUUUGGGACGUUGUAUUUUUGGAUAAAUGGGACAGCGCCAUCUGGCGUUGGGUGUUAUUAUGUCUCCGUCUCUUAUUCUCUUCCCAUUCCGCUCCUUCCAAUGAUCGGGCAAGAAUGCGGUCAGUGAGAUUUCGUGCCUUCGUGAGGGCGCAGCGUGUCACCGGCGAGUCACGGCGUAAAAUGGCCAUCGAACAAAGACGCAUCAACAUCUGAGCGCGUUCAAGGAGAGAGACAUGAUGACGACGACACGAGCGGACAGCCUGAGAGCGCGCGAUACAGCUCGACACGCGUCCGCGAGCGCUUUACCGCAGUGGAUGCGCAUGUAUUUCUAUGGGAUGCACGGAGUCACACUGGACAUCCUGCUGUCCUCCGCGCGCCGGUUCCUGGAUGACAACGACUUCAAACUGCUGGGAUUCUCCUCUCCGUAUCUGUGCAUCGUGCACUCCAUCACGCAUCUGGUUCUGGAGAAGAUCUACCUGCAGAAAAGAUGCUUCCAGGGGCGACCUGUCGUUUUCCACCUCGUCUUCUAUCCGUCCCUGUACAUCUGCCUGCAGAUUUUGAUCGGGAAUGUGGUGAGCUGUACGGAGAGCAUCAGAGUGCUUUCUGUCACGCAGCUCGUUGUGCAUUACAUGCUCGCUCUGUACUUCACUUAUGUCUUUCAUGAAGGCUUCCUGCGCCUGCAGUAUCAGAACAACCGGGUGUUGUUGAGAUCCUCAUGCCCGAACGGGUUACCCGGCCUCCUGCGCUUCGUGUUCUUCGGGAUGCAUGGCUUUCUGGAUGAGGUGAUCUUCACCUCUGUGUUCAACUUGUUCGAGACCACAGACCGGACCCUGAAGGGCCACACAUCCCUGUGGUCCUUCUUCAUGUACGGAAGCUGCAGCUUCGUGGUGGAGAAGCUCUACCUGCAUCUGCACUUCAGGAGAGGAUGGGGAACCUGGCAGCGGCUGCCCAUCUACAUCAUCUUCAUCUACACGUGGGAGUUCAGCUGGGGCUUCGCUCUCAGGCAGUACGGCGCAUGCUCCUGGGACUAUUCCCACUAUCCCCUCAAUUUCAUGGGACUGGUGACCCUGCUGUAUCUUCCGGGAUGGGUUUGUCUGAGUCUGUAUCAAGACGUCUUGUCGAAUAUUCUGCUGAGGGUUGUGUGUAAUGAUGAAAGCUGGUGCCACUGGACGCCUGCUGCCAAAUAGGAAGCUUGA